AUGGAAGCGGAAGACCCGAACAAGGAAAUCGACAUCCAAUCCACGGAUGAUGAGCCCGACUCGGAAUAUGAUGAGACCGAAUCAGACAAGGAUUUCAUCAUCACAGAUUAUCUGUCGGACAUAGGAGACGACCGGACGUACGUGCCGACGGAUGAGAAUCUUUCUUCUUCGGAAGAUGACAGCACCACGGAAAUUUUCGAAUUCUAUGGAGAUGAAAGCUACGGAGACGAAAGCUCUGGAGAUGAUAUCAUAAUUCUCGGGAAGCGUUAUGUUAUGCAAGGAGAAGAGGAGAAGACGCAGCUAUUGAUUAGAGGCUGGGUCGAUGAAGGUGUUAUUUCGGGUAUUACCCGUACCGCUACCUUGAAAUGA